AUGGAUGCAUCAAACACAAAGCCAUAUCAUCUGCCAACCGAUGCAGUCUGGUUCAUCACCGGAUGCUCAUCAGGCAUCGGCCAGUCCCUGGCACAACUGAUCGCCCAGUCCUCGAAUCGCAUAGUGGCGACAGCUCGCGAUCCAGCAUCUCUAUCAGCGAUCCCGGACGCCACCAACGUGCUCAAGCUCGCUCUGGACGUGAAGUCACUCCCCUCGAUCGAUGCAGCGCUAGGCGCCGCACUGGCACGAUUCGGCCGCAUCGACGUGGUAGUCAACAACGCAGGCUAUACGCUUGUGGGUGACACCGAGGCUGCCGGCGACGAGGAGAGCCGCGCCCUGAUGGACACGAACUUCUGGGGCAUGGUGGGUGUGUCGAAGAGGGCACUGGGAAUCAUGCGGGAUGACAACCCCAAGGCCGGUGGUCAGCAGGGUGGCGUGAUUCUGAACAUAAGUUCCAUGGGGGGGUGGUCCGGGUACCCAGGGAGCUCGUUCUACCAUGCGAGCAAGUUUGCCAUGGAAGGAUGGACGGAAGCCGUUGCAAAGGAGCUACCGGUUGAGUGGAACAUCCAUCUCUGCAACAUCGAGCCUGGCGGCGUGAAGACAAACUACGCGACCUCGUCUCUGAAGCGCAUGGCGAAAAGUCAUCCGGCCUACGACCAGCCGCAUUAUCCUGCCAAUGCUUUGACGGCAUACAUGAUGGACCCCAAGAACUGCGAGAUGUGGGCGGAGCCUACCGCCAUUGCGGCAGCCAUUCAUAAGCUGGUGAGCCGUGGGCAGAAGAUCCCGAUUCGAGUUCCCCUGGGUGCGGACGCUUGGGGUAUGAUCAACAUGGACAUCGAUAACAUCAAGAAAGAACUCGAAGAGCUGAAAGACAUAUCGCUGAGUGUUGGCGAGGCUAAGCAGCUGGACUCUAUUGGAUUUUUGCGGAAGACUUGA